CCUCUCUCUCUCUCUCUCUCUCUCUCUCUCUGCAACAGUUUCGCCAUUCUCCCCAAACCCCUAGAUUUUCUCAUACAUACGAACCUUCUCUUCUCUUCUCUUCUCUUCUCUCCUGCUUCUCUCUGCAAAUCACUCCUUUCCUUCCCUCCCUCCACACAUCAAAUCCGGCCUUUGCUUUCGAUCUCCGCUCCCACAUGGCCGACGGCAACUUCGGUCUCCCUGACGAUCUUCUCUCCUCCCGGCCCUCCGAUCACUCCUGGACGCCCAAAGGGAAUGAUGAGGAGAAGGUGCUCACGGCCUUCCUUGAUGAGUCAAAAGACCCAGUGGCAUCAGAGAACAACAUACCUUUGUCCCCUCAAUGGCUAUAUGCCAAACCAAGUGAAGCUAAGAUGGAAGUGCGUGCCCCAAUGCCAGUGCCCCUUGCUAACUCUACUGAUCUCAAUCAUAAAGAGGUUUGGCGCCCAGAUGGGUCUGAGGACAAGAAGGAUUGGAGGAAAAAUACUUCUGAAAAUGAAAGUGGGCGCUGUUGGCGAGAGGAAGAGCGUGAAACUGGCUUACUUGGUGGUCGCCGCAGAAAAGCUGAGCGCCGCAUUGAUAGCAUGUCAACCAAGGAGACAAUGGAGAUUAGAGUCCUACCUAAUUUGGACAGAUGGCAUGAUGGUCGUACUUCUGGGCAUGAUAAUCGCACUUCUGGUCAUGAUGGUCGUACUUCUGGGCAUGAUAGUCGUACUUCUGGUCAUGAUGCACGACGUGACAACAAAUGGACAUUGAGGUGGGGACCAGAUGACAAAGAAAAGGAAUCACGGAUGGACAAGCGAUCAGAUGCUGAUAAGGAAGAUGUUCGCAAUGACAGUCAAUCAGUGAGUGGCAAUCGCCCUACUUCUGAGCGUGAUUCCGAUUCACGUGAUAAAUGGAGGCCUCGCCAUAGGAUGGAAAGUCAUUCUGUUGGCUCAACUUCCUCUCGUGCUGCACCCGGUUUUACUCUUGAGAGAGGCCGGGGAGAUGGGGGGUCUAAUUUAGGAUUUACAGUUGGACGAGGAAGGUCCAAUACUAUUGGGAGAUCAUCUACUUGUCCCAUUGGAGUUCCACUCUUGGAUAAGAUUGAAAAUGUUCCUGGGAAACCAAGAUACUCAUCUUAUUCUUUUUGUUACCCUAGGGGUAAGCUUCUUGACAUAUAUAGGAGGCAGAAAUUUGAUCCAUCAUUCUCAUCUCUGCCUGAUCACAUGGAUGAAUUACUGCCUGUGACUCAACCUAGUUCUGUAGAACCGUUAGCGUUUGUUUCUCCGAAUGCUGAGGAGGAGGCUAUCCUUAGUGACAUAUGGAAGGGAAAGAUCACAAGUAGUGGGGUUGUAUACAUUCCACAGAAAAAGGAGAAGCCAACUGAAUGUAUUUUAGGAGAUGUUGACUCGAUAGAGAGAAAUCAGACUGGACUGGACUCAACUUUAGUAUCUGAGGAUGUAGAAGCAACUGCAGAUGAAGAAAUUGCUAAUAUCACUAAAAAAGUUACUAAUGAUGAUGCAUACCAAGAUACUAGUGACGGGAGCAUUUGGAGUCAUCCUGCAACGAGAGAUGCCCUAAAUGGAAAAUAUAUCAGCAAUAAGGAAGAGAAAAAAAGGUCCAAUGCAGCUGUUUCUAUGUCAAACGCUGAUGGAUUGGCCCAUACAGUUUCUACAGUAGCCUCCCAACUUGGGAUGGAGAUUGGUACUCAGCUAAAUGUUAAUGUGAAUGGGCAAGAAGAUUCUUAUCAUAGAAUGCCUCGUAACUUCGAUGAAAUUGAGUUUGCAAAUUCUUUUGAUGUUGGAUCCAAGCUUCCUGAUGAUCCUAGUGCUAUUUUCUUUAUUCCCUUCUCUGAGCAAAAUGCAACUAUAAGUUCUGAUGUGAAGUCCGAGGAGUUGAGUUUGUUUUAUCUUGAUCCUCAAGGGGUUAUUCAGGGUCCAUUUAUCGGGGCUGACAUUAUUUUGUGGUAUGAGCAAGGUUUCUUUGGGUUGGACCUGCCUGUUCGGUUGGCAGAUGCCUCGGAAGGAACCCCAUUCAGUGAGUUGGGAAAGGUUAUGCCACAUUUGAAAAUUAGAGUGGGAAGUGUUGAUUGUGCUGAUAUGAAAUCUCUUUCAGGACAAUCUGGUGUCUCAGGAGGAAUAAUGGAGGCCAAUUUGCCUUCUAAGCAUCCUUCUCUUGAUAAGAAUGAUGCGUCCACAACAAAUGAGGUUCAUCGGUCAUUGGCUGAGUUACAUAGCCUCUCAAAUCAACACAUUCCAUCUGGUAUGUCCGAGAUUGAAGUACCAUUUCAUUUACAUUCCAAGGGUCAAGGCGUUCAUGAUGUUGUUGCACAGGAUGAAGAAAUUGUGUUUUCUGGGAGGCCUGGAAAUGGUGGUUAUCAAAUUCCAAACUCUGCUGGGGUACUGCCUUUGGUGAGUUCUAUCAGCCAACCUUCCGAGUUGACUGAUCGCAGUGUUCCCGUUCAGGAUGAACAUAAGUUGCACCCUUUUGGAUUGCUGUGGUCUGAGCUGGAAGGUACGAAUGUGAAACCAGUUGAAGUCACAAAUUUGAAACAUGCCAAGUCAGCUAACAUUCCUUCAAGCAUGGGAAGAACCGGACCAUUUGUUGGGAAGGGGGAAGCAUCUCUCAAUGCAGAGACUUGGCUUGAUGUUUACAGAAGGAGUAUGCAUUCUGACCAGGGUGUAUACCAGGAUGCAAAUGUCACUCAUUCCCUGCCGCCUAUAGAACAAGAAUCUAAUAGGUUUGAUUGGGCAAAUCAACUCAUCUCGCAACAAUAUCAUCAGGCACUUCAACAACGGAAUUUGUUGUCUCACUCUAAUGAAGCUACCUUGGAUCAUCAUAUGCACCAGCAGAAUCUUAUGCACCAUCACCAGCUAUUGGCUAAUAGAAGUACACCUGACCUUGAUCAUUUCUUGAACCUGAGUGUACAACGGCAGCAGAUGCAGUUACAGCAUCAAUUACAGCAGCAGCAGUUGCAUCAGCAGCAAAAGCUUUUGCAGGAACAACAUCAAUCUCAAGUCCAACAGGUGCUGCUUGAACAAUUGUUGCGCCAACAAAUGCAUGAUGCAGGUCUUGGGCAGUCACAUAUUGAUUCAAUUAGAGCCAAUAAUGCUCUUGAUCAGGCGAUACUGGAGCAACGUCUUCUACAUGAGCUACAGCAACAGUCUCAUCAUCAACAAAGAUCUGUUGAUCCAUCUUUUGAGCAACUUAUUAAAACAAAGUUUGGUCACUUGCCACCACAACAGGAACAUCCAAGAGAUCUGUCUGAACUAAUAUCUCGGGCUCAGCUUGGACAGAUGCAAUCAUUGGAUCAGCAAAUUCUCCAGCAGGAGAUGCUUCAGUCUCGACAGUUGUCUAUGGCAUUAAGGCAGAGGGCCAAUAUGGAGGACAAGAGACUUGUUGGUGGUCCCAUCUGGCCGGAGGAUGAGGCUGAUCAGCAGUUUUUUAGAGGACAUGCUAGUGCACAACGUUUAUUGUCGUCAGGGUUUGAAUUACACCAGCAGCAGCAGCAGCAGAGGCAGUCUCAUGUAGAGCAGCUGAAUCACCUUGAGCGCAAUCUUUCAUUCCAAGAUCGGUUUAGGCUAGGUCUUUAUGAGCCUGCUUCACUUCCACUUGAGAGAUCAAUAUCCUAUCCUGAUGUUGCUCAGGGGAUGAAUCUGGAUGUUGUUAAUGCAAUGGCCUGUGCUCGUGCUUUAGAAUUGCAAGAAUCUAGUGCACAUAAUCCACCUGGUGGUCAACUGGGACAAUAUGCACCCAGCAUCAUUCCACAGAAACCUCACCACUCUCUAGGCAGUAACCAGUUUCAUGCUUCACAUUUUGAUGGAACUGAAGGCAACUGGUCUGAGAAAAAUGACCGACAUGGAAAUGAUUGGAUGGAGUCUCGCAUUCAACAGCUGCAUAUCAAUGCUGAGCAACAGAAAAGGGAGUUGGAAGCUAAAAUGAUUUCUGAAGAUCCAACUCUAUGGAUGUCAGAUGGGCUCAAUGAUGAGAAGUCAAAGCAAUUAUUAAUGGAACUCCUCAAUCAGAAAUCUGUUCAUCAGCCUACAGAAUCCUUGGAUGUAGGAAAUUGUGCAUCGUUCAAUAGGGCAUCAUCUGGCCUCUAUUCUGGAUCAGGCUCUCUUGAUCAGUCGUUCAUUCUUCAUUCAGGCAAGGAAAGAGGCAUGAACAAUGCAUUGUCAGUGGGGUCUUAUGGUUCUAAUUCUUAUAAACCACUGCAAGGUGAGCAUCCUGGCAGCUUGGCAAGCAAUGAGAAGGUCCUAUACAGGUUGGAGUCUGGCUCUGUUAGCAAGGGAACAUCAAUUUUGACUGGUCCUAAACCCAAUGUUGCAGUUAACAGCUCUAGUUCGAUGAAUAAAGAUGUCUCAGAGGUGGAGGGUAGAGCUCGAGGAUUGAAAGGUGAGGGUUUGAUGAAAACUCAAGCUUUCCAAAUUCAAGAAAGCAUGCUUGAUCAAGUGGCAUCUGCUGAUCACGGGGAAUUUUCGGUGGAUACUCAUACCCUUAGCCGGCAUUCUUCUCUUGGUUCUGUUGGCUUUCAUAAUGAAAGGAUUGCUAAUACGUUCCCAGAAGAGAUUCCUAAAGACCCGGAUAUUAUCAUUCACAAUAAAGAUAAUGCUUUAUUGAAACGACCUCCUGUCUCACGUACUUCAGCAGCUCAGGAAGGAUCGUCUGUCCUGAUUUCUGAUCCGGUUGUUAGAGGCAAGAAUCCAGAUGGAGGCAGACCCGACCCAACUGGUGUCUCGGUGAACCAAGAAAACAUGGCUGCUGUGAAGAAAGAAAUGCGUUUUCGGCGUUCUUCUUCCUGUAGUGACAAUGAAGUAUCGGAGACUUCUUUUAUUGAUAUGCUGAAGAAGACAGCUCCACAAGAAGUCCAUUCAACUGGGGUUUCAGAACCAUCAGAUGGAAUGCAGGGAGGGAAAGGUGGGAAAAAGAAAGGGAGGAAGGGGAGGCAAAUAGACCCUGCACUACUCGGUUUCAAAGUCACCAGCAACAGAAUCAUGAUGGGUGAAAUUCAACGCUUAGACGAUUAGGCAAUAGAAAUUGAUUUUUUCUUUUAACAUCAAUUUUUGUAGAGUGUGCAGUCCCCCCCCCCCCCCCCCCCCCCUUUUUUUGUAACCCUCUUGUAAGUUGCUGUAUAGGUUUUUUAGAGGUCAGCUGCGUGAAAGAGGUGCAGGCGUAUAUUCCAAUUCUUUUCUUUUCUUCCGCAGUUGUUAAAUGAUCAAUUUUGAGUUGGUGCCGGAAAAAUACCACAGAUUUAUGUGCUUCUCGAUACAAACCUUUGUACAGAACUCUUCACGGAGAGUUUGAAAGGAGAGCACGGAAUAUUCAACAAUUUUUUAUGGUAUAAUAAAACUAACCUAGGAUUCCACCAA